AUGAGACAUGGCGGCCGUGCAGCGGGAAGCCGUGGCUGCAGCGAUGGCGGUGAGAGAAAGCGCCGGAACAACAGCAGCAGCUGGUGCUGGUGUUCGCUUGCAUGCACAGCCUCUGAAGAGGCAGUCGAGGCCGAAGGCGAGACCAAGGAUGUGGGCUCAGCACGACGGCUGUUGCUCAAGUCGUGCUGA